AUUCGUCCAUUUCUUAUGGCUUAAGGCUUAAAUUACUUAUUGCAGACCGGACGCACUCACACGCGCCAUCUUUGAUGCCGUUUAAUUUAAUGUAGUAAAAUGGAACUUUUAAAAGAUGCCUUGCAAUCGCACGUUCGAGCCAGCAAAGUUAGAUUAUCAUACGUGGACGAGUUAUUUCCAGAUCUCAAGGGUAAUUCGUACAUCGUUCUUCACAAAAAUGUUCCUGGUACGCGAGUUCUGGAUUACGAGAAAAAUGAACAAAGCUUCGAUGAAUGUUCGAUGAGACAUGACAUCAGCGGUUCGCCUCUGGAGUAUUCGUUUGGUAAUUGCGAGUUUGAUGACACCAUCAUAAUUACAAAACAGAACUGGCGGAAAGAAGAAGAGUUGUAUUUGCCACUAAGUAGAACGGAUGCAAGUACUGCAUUGAAUGCAUGUCUGGAGUGUCUUGAUAGUAAUACUUUGCCAAUAUUAGCUCUCUGUGAUGGAAAAGAUCUUAAGCAGAGCAGGCUUAUUGGUGCCAUUGUCUCUGAAGAUUGGUUUACUACACUGGAAGCUGUUUCAACUGGUAUGACAAGCAUGACAACAAUAAAAAAUGAAUGUCACAAGAUUAUACAGGAACAUCUUAAACAGUCACUUGCACAAGAACAGGAUAUUAAGAUAUCUGUAUUCAAUGCUGUUGAUGUGUUUGGAAUAAGACAAGAGACAAUUGAUUGGAAUAAAACUGUCAAAAGUGAUUUUGAAGGAAGCAUUAGUGUCGAAACAUAUUCAACUAGCUUAGAUUUAAGGCUGCCAAAAAGUACUUUGAUAGUUGAAAUAAACGCCGCAUGGAAGGAUAGCCCAUUAAAAGAAUUGAGAUGUCAACUAUUUUUGUUAAGCCAGUAUUUAUCAACGAUAGAUGAAUACAAGAAGAAUGUAAAUUUACAAAAUCCAAUAAAAUUUGCAACACCAUAUUUGGAGGAACACGACAUUGUAAUCGAAAAAUUAAAUUUUUUAUUGAAUGGAGAUUUUAGUUUUCGGAAGUCUAUCAAUAGGAGUUUUAAAAAAUAUCAUGUAAAUAAGGAGGAUGCUGAGAUUGACAUAAAACUACUCGAGCGAGUACAAAGCGUCUCUCUGAGAUAUGACAUGGAUUUUACCGAUUUCUUAUGGGAAAUACUUAUAAAAUCAUCAGAAUAUCCACAAAUGACAAAUUAUAUUGAAACAGUUCUAAAAGAAAUUCUUGAGCAUAAAUUCACACCACAGAUAAACGACACGAAUUCAACGAGAUUUGUGAAACAUCUUUAUAAUCUACAUCAUCAAGAAACAAUAUCUCAUUUAUUAAUGGGAAGUAUACCAUUGGAACUUAUUGUGGAUAUGGGAUUUAAGAAACUUGCCCGAGAUUAUUUACAUAUCUUGAGAGGAGCACAACUUAUCAAUUUAUGUGACAUACGACAGAAACUAAACAAUGUAUCUUUCGGAAUCUUCAACACGGAGAAUUAUAGGAAAAAAAUGGUUACGUUAGCACAAAUUCAUAUCUGUCUAGAGUGCAUGUUGCUUAUUGAAGGACAUCUGGAAUGUUCAACUGAAAAUUUGCAAAGUUUAUUUGCUUAUGCUUAUAAAAAAUUUGUUUCCGAGUCUCCUUUGCAGCAUUAUAAUGAGCUUAACAACCGAAUCUUUACAUUGACAGUGCUUCUACCUAAUAUGUUAGCUAACAACAUGAAUAAAAUAGAUCCUUCUGUAUGGAGAGCUUCGAUUUCAUCUUAUUCUGCUGCAUCAAAACUAACGACUACCACUUACUAUAGCAAACUGCCUAUUUUUCCAAUAAAUUUAUUUUCUACUGAUGAUGUAGAUGUACAAGAAGAAAUGGUUCACGGCAUAAGCGCAACAUCGUCAUCGAUGAAAUGUAGAAAACUAUAAAAUAUUCUUGAAUAUGAAAAAAUCAGAAAUUAGAGUUUUAGAAAUACAAUUUUGAAUAAACGGGACAUGGUAUGUGAUGUGAUUGUUUAAUAAUCAAUAAAAUAAAAUUAUAAAAGCAA